CGCAAUGUACUUUCGGAUUGUAAUAUGAUUGUAUGGCACAAACUUUUCAAAUCGUAGUCUGAUUGAAAUGCUGUUCAAUCAGUACUUGACUCUUUAAAAAUUCUUUUUUUUAUGAUCAAAUAUACAUAACAAAACUUAAAUUUUUCAAUGAAAAGAAACUUACCACAGUGGAUGUUUGAUUUAUUUCAACAAAUACAGUAAACCAUAUAUUAACUACCGCAUGAUGCAAAAGAAAGCAAUGCGUCUUUAAUCUUUACAGAAAAAUUUUUGUUUUCUUCCGUCUUGCUUAUCAUAAUAAUCAUAACCAUCGUCAUCAUAAUCGUCACCAUCGUUGUUACUACUUUCUUCAUUACGUCUGUAAAGUCAUAAGACUCAGCUCUUGCACCAGCAAAUAAAAUUUCUGUGGCUGCUUUUUCUCUUGUAUGACAAGGCAUGUAAAAAAAUAAAAAAAUUAUUGACUGCAGCAUGUUUUUCGCAUGCUAGUUUAUACAAAAUAAAUAUAGUUUGAAGUUUCAUAGCUAUUAGAGAUCGUUUAGGACCAUGAUGAACGCAUCGUUUGGUUAUGUCUUGAAAAAUGAGACUUCUCUUAGUUAAAAUAAUUUGAUAUCCUUCAUCUUGAUAAACAUGCGGAGUCUCGGUAAAUAUUAAGUACAAUUUAAGACCACAUAUAAAUACGUCGAGGGAUUGAUCACAUUUAUGUUGGUAAAAUCUUGGUGGCCUAUAAAAUAUACAUCCAUUAUUUAUGACCUUUUGUUGAGCCCUUGUUUCAAUUCUAUAUGCAAUAUCUAUAUCAUUAAUUUUAGUUGUAUAAUAUUCAUUAAGAACGACAUUGUCAGAUCGAAUAUCACGAUGGAUCAUGCUACGCCCACAUAAUUUACGCAUUCCACUAGGGUGUAGGUAUCGACAUACCACAAGAAAAUAUCGAAACCCAUUCCCACACUCACACUCUUCACUCUCAUAUGUAUUAACUGAGUAAAUGGAUAGAAAAUGGUGUGGGUGUGAAUUAAUCUUCUCUCCAACCACAUCCACCCACACCCACACCCCAACAUGUUAUAAAGCAAAAAGUUUUCAACUUUAUCAAUUAUUAGAACCAAUUAAAGAAAAUUAUCAACAAACAUAUUUAAAUCGUUUAUCAACACAUAAAUAUCCAUGGGAAAAAUUUCUUGAAGAAGGUAUACAAUAUUUACUAUCACAUAAUAUUGAAUGUUUACUACCUAAUAAUGAUCGUCUUUAUAUUAAAAUGGAAAAUCGUGAAAUUGCGGAAGUUAAACAUCUUGAUCAAAGAAAAAAAGGUUAUUAUCGACCAACAAUAUGUUUUGGUAUGAUUGCUGAUGGAAAAAAUAUUUUAACAAAUGAUUAUUUAAAAACAACAUUAUGUGAUAGAUGUAAUGUUUUAUGUUUUGAUUCGGAAAUCGAUCAAGUCAUCGCAGCUAUACAAGGAAAUCGUACAGAAUCAUUUAUGAUUAUACGUGGAGUAUAUGAUUAUCAUGAUGGAACUUCAAAUAAAGAAUGGCAACCAUUUUCAUCAUUAUGUGCAGCUGCUUUUAUGAAAACAAUUAUUUAUAGAAUACCAAAACCUUUUAUUAAUUUAAUUUUUAAUAUUAUCGAUUAUUACAAUCAAUAA